GCGUCAGUUACCUCAGACUGUUCUCUUGAGAUCCGGAACUGCCAUCUUGGGCAAAAUGGCCAACAUACUGGCCAACAUUGUGGCGAGGAGCACCCUCCUCAGUGCUCUGGAGGAGAAGAGGCGCCAACAGAUGAAGAAAUUCCUGCUCCAUCGGCUGUUCUUUGUCGCGCUGUUGCGAGAAAAUGCGGAGAGCGCAGAUGUCACAGCAUACCAUGAGCAACUUUUCCAGAGGAUUUCCAAGGUCCACCUAGGGGAGUCCCCCUCAGGCAUCCUCCUCAUCUACUCUCACUGUCUUCUGCACAUUCUAGAGAUUCUUUCAUAUGAAUCUGCCCAGGCUCCAAGAUCUUCAGGAAAGGCCCUUCUCUCCAUCCUACCACCCUCACAGACAAGCUUAGUGGGGACGCAUGAGAGGGCCUUUUUUGUGGCUGCUCCCAGACUUUGGAACUCCCUUCCUAGAGAAGCCAGACUGGCUCCCUCCUUGCUGUUCUUCGACUGGCAGGCAUCCAGCGGCACACUCUACCAUAUCCUUAUGGACUUGGCAGCUGUUGAAAAUCAAGACUCAAAACUCUUCAACCAGUGGUACGCCACAGCAGUGGAAGUCCCAGUAACUCUCGAAGACGUUACACAGACCCAGACGACAGAAGAAGUGAUCACAGAAUGCCUUACCCUCAACCUGAAACUGGGAGUUUAUCUUGCGACUCUCAAGGUGGGCAAUAAAGGCCUCAGCGAUUGUCUCCACACGGUCGUGCCGGAACUUCUGAUGCCAGCAGAAACCAUCCAGUAUUUGUGCAAGGCUAAGGAGUGCCUCAGUCCAGAGGAGUUUCUGAAGAUAUACAACAAUCCUUUGCAGCCUAAAAUGGAUUCAGAAUGUGUGUGGCCUACUCCUACUCAUAUGAUUUCAUGAAACCUUCCAAACUGCCAGUGUUUUCAUGGGUAGCAAUUCAAGGGUGCUAUUAACUUGCAGAAUUGGCUAGGAAUGCCAACGUCCAUUAAAUCUCCUUCCAGCACACAUGGUCAAGGGUCAAGGCAGCAAUAAACGUGUUAGUGAAGCCAGGUGUUGCCUACAGUUUCUGUGUCCAUUUAUAAACAUAGGGACUGUAAAUGAAAUUCAACAAGGUGUGUCUCUUCUGAGUGGCUGCACUCUCUAAAUUAGAGACUGCACUCAAGUUCUGCUCUCCUACCACUAAGAGACUUACAAAAAGCGAAACCACAUCUUUGCCUACUGCUUCACUUUCAGUGAAUUAGUAUUUUUAUGUACACAUGCAUGCAUACACACUAUUGUGGAAUUAGCCAGUGUAGAGGGGGAGUAAAUCCUAUUUGGCUCACACUGUUCCCCCACCCCUGAAUGUGAUAUUCGAAGGGAGUGAUGCCCCUCCCAGUGUGGGGAGCUGUUCUGGUGGCGUACCAUUUUAAUUAGAAGACAUUUUCCUUACAGUAGCAGAAGUGAGAAUAAUUUUACUAAGCACAUGACUCCAAAGUGAUGUUUCCAAAAAAGAAAAGAAAACUGCUUUCCAAUUCCAACUCAUUUAUAACAACUGAAAGUAAAUACACAAAGUUUUCCAAAGUUUUCAGCUUGACAGCAGCUGUUUUUAUGGGUGUUACAGAAACCAAAGCAGGGGUGGUUAAUACAAAUAACUAUGAAAACCAAAGGGGGGGGGGAGUAAAUAACAACACUGGACGAGAGAGAGAGAGAGAGAGAGAGAGAGAGAGAGAGAGAGAGAGAGAGAGAAGCACUGAAAUGGUUAGAGAGACAGUACGUUUCCUUCUACAGUAUAACAGUCCAUCAAGGCACAAGGAUUUUCUCCACUGCCAGGGCAAAAGGGACUGAGAACCAGCAGUCUCCUCCUGCCAGCACACGUGGAGGUUGAGGGUUGAUUUUUUUUGUUUUUUUGGUUCAUAUUUUAACAAAGUCUGCAGCAUGUCAGAGACGGAACGUCUCUUGUGAGCCAUCUCCUUGGUAAGAGCAAAAAAAAAAAAAAAAAAAAAAAAAAAAAAAAGAAUUAAGA